AUGUCCUACGCGACACUCAAUACCCGCUACAACCUACCAUCGCCCCCGACCAAGAGCGUCUUCUCGACGGUUGACAACGAGGCUGGGCGCGCCUGGUUCCCAGACUUUGAUGCGCAGCAAGACCCCAUCGGCUCGUUGAAGCACUUCAUCCGUAUCCUCUUCUAUCCGAACCUCCGCGAAAGCACGUUCACUCAGCUCAAGGUCUUGUCGGUGCUUACCGCCAUCAUUGGCAUUUGGAUCUUCCUCAUCAUCCUCCGAAGACUCUGGGAGAAGUCUUUCUGGCUGUUCCGUCUGGUGAGACGCAGCAAUGGUACACUGCUGGUGCCCAACGCCAUCACAGCUUUUGUCGCCAUCGAGAGCGCCUUUGCCAUUCUCCUGAUUGCCUUAUGUUGGAGCUGUAUCGAAUGGUUUCAAUAUGGCAAGUCGCCAAAAAACAUCACCCUCUGGAUCGGUUUGACCUGGCUGCCCCUCAUCCUCGGUGCCUGGUGCACCACGGUUGGCGUCAUCUACGCACGGCCGGAUGCACUCAGUUUUGUUUCGCCGCAACCUGGCAAGCCGCAAAGCUGGGCAUUGCGCAUGGGUGUCACACCCAUGGUAGUCAACCUGUUUGUCUUUUUUAUCCCCGUGGUCCAGAUCGUCAGCGUUGUGAUCCCCGCAGUGUUCGCCCACCGGCGCUUCAGCAGUGCCUUCGACCACUACCAUCGCUGGGCUGCUGUGAUACAGCCAGAUGAUGCACUGUCACGCGAUGUGCUGUUCGAGGCGCAGCAGAUUUGGUUCCAGGUGCUCGACGCUGCCUAUUGGCUCUCGAUCUGCAUGGCGGUUUGGGAGGCAUGGGUUUGCGGUCUCUUUAUCUGCUACUGUCUAGCCGGUGGUUCGCUUAUCGCUACGUUGCGGGAACAGUUGCAGACCCUGCGAUCGUUCAAGCAGAGUCGGUCAUUCAGCGAAUCGUUUGCCGCGCAAAACGCUCAGGCUGCCCAUAUGCGACGCCCGAGCGAAGCGCCAUCAGUGGCAAUUCAGAACGACGUCGACGUGGAGAAGCAGACCCCGGAUCCAACGACACCGGGUCUCUUGUCAGCACAGGCGCCGCCGCCACGCUCCUUGUCGAUGUCUUCGGCCGUCUCCGACAACGUCACGCUCGUGUCGGGUGACGCUGGCCUCAAGCGAUCCGCCAGCCAACGAGGUUCUGCUGCUGACAAGCGCAAUCCUGGCGCUUCGCGUAGGGUCGCGCCAGACGUGGACGAUGCCAACGACGCACAGACUCGCUCCAUGUACUUCACGCGCGAAGAGCUCGAGAACGAGGACCAGCCGUCAAACAGCUUCUUCCCACCGGUUCGUCCAUCUGCGUUCGAGCGACCGCCACAGGCUCAGUCUGCCGCGGGCAAGGAGCACGCGCACAAGCGAUACCUGGAGAAGUUCUACAUCAACUUUGUCGUCCAAUUCCUCGGAAUGAUGCUCUGCAUCCUCUUCUUCGCACUCUUCUGUGGCAAGCUCAUCACGACGUGGUAUUCGGCGUGGGAAGCCAACGACCUGGCGGAGGCCCUUCAGAUUGCACUGCUGGUGGUGUGCUGGGUGACGGUUGGUUUGGCAAGCGUCAUCAUCUUUGCCAUCCUCAGCCGCACCUAUGAACCAGUGCUUUCGAGUAUGGGGACGGCCAAUCAGAGCCGUUCGAAUAGCAGUCGUCGGGUCAGCUUCACAAGCAACGCCAGCGGUGCCCAGGGCCAGUCGAGGUCAGCGAGGCGCUUGAGCGGCGCCAAAGCGUGGGUUGUGACGACGCUGUCGCAGCUCUCGAACGACGAUGAUCGACACAGUCAGCAGAUUGGGCUCGAUCACGUUCAUUCAAGUGGAAGGGGAAGCCGAACAGGGUCCCUGUCUGCAGUCGGGCGGACGUCGAUACAUGCCUAUGCCGAGCUUGACGACGAUCAAGCAUCUCCAAGGACGGAGCAGGACCCACCCAGUCCCAAGAGUCAGCCGCUGGCUUCGCGCCGGGCCACGUCCAGCUCCACGCCGGAUCUGCAGGUCUCGAGCGAGGCACACAUGCCACGGCCAUACCGUGGAUCACCGUCGAGUGCGCCGAGCAAGGUCAGCAAGAACGGCGUGAUGGUCGAGCAAACGGUGAGCACCAUCGUGGAAGAUCCGGCUUUGGAGGAGUACUUUCGAGUGGAGCGUCCAGCGAAAGCAGCAGCAGGCCGUUCGCCGUCCAAAACAGACGGAUCAGAGCAGGAUCUCUAUACACCCUACACGCUCGGUAGUCAAUCUUCCACGCCUCGCGGUUUCCAGCCUGGCAGCGCGUGGGCCGACAGUCCCACCACGCCUGCGACGGUUUGGACACCUUCCACGCCAUCCUCAACUAGGCCACUGGCAGCAAAGGGUCAGAGAAAGCGACAGGAGGACUCGGACGCAUGGCUCUCGCCUCGUCUUCCCGAAGCAUCGGUGGCCGUGGGCGGGGAAGAGUUUUUGCUUCACCGGGCACGUUCGGACAUCGCUUUACGACCGCCAUCACGGUCGCCAUCUGUCAACAAUGCAAGCAGCACCGACUCUGUUGGCCUGGGCAUCGCGAUAGCGUCGCCGUUGUUGCCGCCGUGGACCGCGCCCUCUGAAUGGGUGAGCGGACAGCCGGAUCCUGUGUUGAUGCGAGAGGACGCGAAGAUGCGGCUUCGGAUGGCGUCGCAUCCGAGUACUUAG